UGAUAUAUCUACUUCAUUUGUUUAACUUUUGUAUUCUUUCAAAUUGUUUAGUACAUGUGAGUGUGACUGUGACUGACUUUCCUUUUCUCAAUGUGCAGUUCGAGCAUGACACACUGGAGACAGUAUUUCAAGGACAGGGCAGCACUUGAAGCCGAGUUUCAACAAUCUUGUCUACCUCUGCACAAUCAGAUUUGUGAUAUCGUGAAUACUGUUCCUUAUUUUUGGCUCAAAGCUUUGACCAACAACAAAGUGCUGCGUGCCAAGAUUACUGAGCACGAUGAACGAGCUCUUAAGUUUCUUAGAGACAUCAAGUGCUCUAAAACAGAUAGCCAAAGGGGGUUUGGUUUCAAGCUUGAUUUCUUCUUUGACAGCAAUCCUUUUUUUCAAAAUCCUGUCUUAACAAAGACUUAUGACAUGAGUGAUGAAGAUUUACCCAUUUUAAGAAAAGCAAUAGGGACUGAGAGAUAG